UUUCGCAUAUGUCAAAUGAUUCCAGACAAGUAACCCCUUUAUGCAACCGCCAUUUCUGCAAGCUAAAAUCCAACGUCCAUUUUUGUUCAGUCAUUUCAUCAUCAAUAUAAAAUGCACACUUUUUGGAUGGAUUUACUUGAGCUUUUGUGAUGGCUCUGGUGGAAAUUCCGGGGGCUGUUAACAGAAUCCGCUUCCCGGACAUCAAUUUGGCGCGUUUUAGUUCGAGGAGCAGAGGAAAUAUGAGUCGCGAGCGGGAAAUUGUGGAGGAAUUGGAGCCCAGAACCGCGCCGUCUCCGGCUCACAGGGAGGAGACUAUGUACGUGGCUUUGGGGAAAGAUGUGAAGGGGAGUGAGGCAACGCUGAUUUGGGCUUUGCAUAAUUCUAGAGGGAUGAAGAUUUGUGUUCUUCACAUUCAUCAACCUGCUCAGAAAAUACCAUUGUUGGGUACUAAGGUUGCAAUUAGUAGGCUGGAAGAAAAUCAAGUAAACGCGUAUCAUGAAAAUGAGAGACAAGAGAUGCUUAAGAUUAUUGACAAGUAUAUCCAGAUUUGUGAGCAAUCAGGGGUGAAAGCUGAGAAACUAUGCAAAGAACUGGACUCUAUUGAGAAAGGCAUAGUCCAGCUCAUACACGAACGUGACAUAAAAUGGCUUGUCAUGGGAGCAGCAGCUGAUAAAUCUUACUCAAGAAAAAUGAAGGAGCCAAAGUCUAAGAAAGCAAUCCAUGUGCGCUUGGAGGCACCUACUUUCUGCCAAAUUUGGUUCAUAUGCAAAGGAAACCGCAUUUAUACAAGGGAAAGUAAAUUAGAUGGUGUUAACAUAGAGGAAUACUCUCCACCAGUUCAAGCAAGUCCAAAUUCUGAAGUUGUGCAGACCUGGAGAUCGCGUUCACUUGCUGAAGGGGAAAGGGGUCGAAUGGAGCUUCAAAGAUCAGCAAUAAGUCAUAGGAGGUUCACGUCUGAAAAUAAUGGCAUGCAUUUUAGCAGCCCCGGAAGAGGUUCUCCUUGUAGCAGUUUGAAUCAAGAAGGUAACUCUGACCGGGACAACCAAACAAGGAGAACUCCUUCAGUAGGUUCACGCUUUUCUUCUGGUUCGUCUGGUGAAAUAAUUGACAAUUCAGCUGCAGACCACGUUUCAAGCUCUCAGAACUAUCAUUCGUCCUCAGUGGCAUCCAGGGAUAGCAGUAUGGAUGAUGAAUUUUAUACUAGGCUUGAGCAAUUUGCAGUGGAAGCACAAAAUUCUCGGAAAGAAGCUUAUGAGGAAUCAGUCAAGCGUAAAAAAGCUGAAAAAGAAGCCAUUGAUGCUUUUCGCCGAGCCAAAGAAUCUAACGCAAUGCUUGCUGAGGAGCAAAGACACAGAAGAGAAAUUGAAGAAUUACUUGCAAGUGCCAGAGAAGAAGCUGAGAAUAUGAAAUGGCAACUCGGUAAGGUCACGGAAGCACUCAGAGUGGCUGAGGAACAGAAGCUUUUCCUAGAGCGUCAAAUUACUGAUUCCGAUAAGAUGGUGGAGACGCUGGAACAAAAAAUGUAUGCUGCUGUUGAACUUUUGCAAAAGUACAAAAAAGAAAGAGAUGAAUUACAGGUUCAGAGAGAUGACAUCCUCAAGGUGGCAGAGGAUCUGAGGAAAAGACAAACCGAGGAAGCGUCAAGUUCAUCUGUAUCUCAGUUCUUUUCUGAAUUCUCUUUCUUCGAAAUUGAAGAGGCAACAGCUCGCUUUAGUCAAACCUUGAAGAUUGGUGAAGGGGGUUAUGGAAGUAUAUAUCGAGGGAACCUUCGACAUACUCAAGUGGCUAUAAAAAUGUUGCAUCCAGAUAGCUCGCAAGGACCUUUGGAAUUUCAACAGGAGGUAAAUAUCCUGAGUACGUUGAGGCAUCCAAACAUAAUCACCUUGGUAGGAGCCUGCCCGGAAGCUUGGGCACUCGUUUAUGAGUAUCAAUCGCAUGGAAGCCUUGAAGACCGUCUAGCUUGCAAAAACAAUACACCGCCAUUGUCGUGGAAAACUAGAAUCCGUAUAGCGGCAGAGCUCUGCUCUGCGCUAAUCUUUUUGCACUCUUUCCACCCUGAGGGAAUUGUCCAUGGUGAUCUGAAGCCUGCUAAUGUACUUCUUGAUGCCAACUUCGUAUCCAAGCUUAGUGAUUUUGGAAUAUGCCGCAAUCUCCCUCAUGAUGAAUUAUCAGUACAUUCGACGCGAUGUUGGAAGACUGACCCGAAAGGGACGCUUGGGUACAUGGAUCCAGAAUUCCUCACAACAGGAGAGCUCACUUCAAAGUCCGACGUGUAUUCCUUUGGAAUUAUAUUAUUGCGGUUGUUAACAGGAAGACCUGCACUGGGUAUAACCAGGGAAGUCCGAUAUGCAUUGGAUAAUGGUAAGUUGAAAGAUCUACUCGACCCAACAGCUGGCGACUGGCCAUUCGUGCAAGCAAAACAGUUAGCCCAUCUCGCUCUCAGUUGCGCCUACAAUAACCGUGGCCGUCGACCAGAUCUUGCUUCUGAGGUGUGGAGGGUGCUCGAACCGAUGAAAAGAUUCUGUGGGGCUUCCCUCCGCUUUGGUUCUGAAGAGCAAAGCCACAUUCCGGCAUACUUCAUAUGCCCCAUCUUCCAGGAAAUAAUGCAAGAUCCUGUUGUUGCAGCCGAUGGGUAUACGUAUGAAUCGGAAGCAUUGAAAGGAUGGCUGGAGAAUGGGCAUGAUACAUCACCUAUGACUGACCUAAAGCUUCCACACUCCGAUAUGGUGCCUAACCACACUCUCCGUUCUGCAAUACAAGACUGGCUGCACCGACGGUGAAGCUGCCAAAGCCUUGUCAUCUCCUUUAAAAUAUAAGUAGUACUAUGUAAAUGUCACUCUAUAGGCUUAUUACACACAUUUUGUUGUAAAACUUGUCUCCUCUUUGUAUCGUGUUUUUCCUGCACCGCCAUACUUUGACGCAGAAGCAGGCAGUGGAAAAGCUUUUCACUUCGUAGUAUAAAUGUUUAGCUCUUUAGAUAAAGUUUAAAACUCAAAUUUUGUUUAAGCUCUUGAUUCUUCAAGAUCCUAUACAAUUUUUUAUACAUAUAGAUCAUUAUAUG